GCUAUGAGUAACCAGCUCUCCAACACCUCCAUCUCCAGCUGGGACGGACCAGAGGGGCGCAACUCCUCCCCGUCCACCGAGCUGCUCCCAGUGCCGUUAACCGUCAACCCCUGGGACGUGGUCCUGUGCGUGACCGGCACCCUGAUGUCCUGUGAAAACGCCCUGGUGUUGGCCCUGGUGGUGUCCACGCCCAGCCUGCGCGCCCCCAUGUUCCUGCUGAUCCUGAGCCUGGCUCUGGCUGACACGUUGGCCGGCCUGGGCCUCAUCCUCAACUUCACCAUCACCUACAUGCUGGACUCGGACCUGGUCACGCUGCUGGCGGCCGGCCUGCUCAUCACUGCCUUCUCCGCCUCGGUGCUCAGCAUCCUGGCCAUCACCGUGGACCGGUACCUGUCUCUGUACAACGCGUUGACCUACCACACCGAGCGCACGGUCAUCUUCACCUACGCUGUGCUGGUGCUCAUCUGGCUGACGAGCCUGACGCUGGGCUCGCUCCCGGUCCUGGGUUGGAACUGCCUGGAGGACGCCAGCGCCUGCAGCGUGUUCAGGCCGGUGGAUAAGAACCACGCGGCAGCGCUGGCGGUGGCGUUCCUGCUGGUCCUGGCUCUGAUCCUGCAGCUGUACCUCCAGAUCUGCAGGAUCGCCUUCCGCCACGCGCAGCAGAUCGCCGUGCAGCAGCAGUUCAUGAGCGCGGCGCACGCCUCGUCCACCACCAAGGGCGUGUCCACUCUGUCGGCGAUCCUGGGCGUGUUUGCGGCAUGCUGGGUGCCGCUAGCGUUGUACUCCCUGGUGGCCGACACGCGCUACCCGCCUGUCUACACCUACCUGGCGGCUCUGCCCGCCAUCUGCCACUCCAUCAUCAACCCCGUCGUCUACGCCUUCCGCAACCCGGACAUCCAGAAGGGUCUGAGGCUGGCAUGCUGCGGGUGCUCCUCUUCCCGCUUCUCCAUGCGGCCCCGCACGCCCAGCGACGUCUAG